AUGAAUGAAACAAACCAGACGGCUGAGAAUGGAUUCACCCUCCUUGGUCUGUCGACCAUCCCGUACCUACAAGCUAUUUUCUUCUCCCUGUUUCUGGCUAUGUAUGUAGCCACUCUAGUAGGAAACACUUUGCUUAUUGUAGCUGUGAGACUAAAUACUCAGCUCCAGACCCCAAUGUAUUUCUUCCUCAGUAAUCUCGCCUUCAUUGACAUCUGUUUCUCCUCUACUGUAAUACCCCAACUUUUGGCAAACACUUUAGUUGAUGAUGGAAAAAUUUCACUGUUAGGUUGUGCAACUCAGAUGUUCAUAUCUUUAGUUCUUGGUGCAACAGAAUGUUUACUGCUGGCAGUCAUGUCCUUCGAUCGAUACGCAGCUAUCUGUAAACCAUUACACUACAAUGUUAUCAUGAACAGGAAAUUGUGCAUCUCUCUAACAACCGGUUGCUGGACAGUCUGUAUAAUAAAUUCCUGUGUCCAUGUUGUCUUAACUUUUAAACUGCCCUUUUGCAGGUCCCACCAUGUUAACCACUUUUUUUGUGAGGGGCCUCCUUUCUUUCGAAUGUCUUGCUCUGACCCCUUGAUUAAUGAGAUUGCAAUGUAUGUCUCUGUUGUUGUUAUUGUGACGUGUUCCUUCUUGUUAACACUAGUGUCUUAUAUUCACAUUAUUUCAACAAUAUUAAACAUUCAUUCUUCUGAUGGACGUCAUAAAGUUUUCUCAACCUGCGCAUCCCACCUCAUCGUGGUCAGUCUCUAUUACACUACCAUCAUGUCCAUGUAUCUUCAGCCACAUUCUGCAUACUCUCCUAAAACAGACAAAGAUAUUUCCCUUCUCUACACAACGGUUACACCAAUGCUGAAUCCCAUUGUCUACAGCAUCAGAAAUAAACUUGUUAAAGGCACCAUACAGAGAAUAUUUACCAGACACAUUUUCAUUCAUAAUUAUUGA